AUGGCGUCGAGUCUGGUGGGCGCGACAUUGAAUCUUCUCCGCCGGCAAGCCGAAGACGUCGACCCAGACGAACCAGCCGAAGCUGGCCAGAAAGAGAUCUUUUCGUCAUGGGCACUCUUUAUCUUGAUCAUGCUGCUGAUCGCGGCGCUCUUUACGAGUUACAUCCUGCAACAAAAGAGGAUACAGGCUGUUCAUGAGACGGUCAUAUCUAUAUUUGCCGGCAUGAUCGUCGGGCUGGUAAUCCGCGUCACUCCAGGCACCGCGAUCCAGGACACGGUCAGCUUCGACUACCAAUUCUUCUUCAACCUUCUGCUACCACCUAUCAUCCUAAACUCUGGCUACGAGUUGCAUCAGGCCAACUUUUUUCGGAAUAUCGGGACCAUCUUGACAUUCGCGUUCGCCGGCACAUUCAUUUCGGCCGUCUCGCUGGGCCUGAUCCUGUGGCUGUGGACAAGAAUCCCCUUCGACGGCUUCUCCAUCUCCUGGGUCGAGGCCAUCUCGGUGGGCGCCACGCUCUCCGCGACAGACCCGGUCACGAUUCUGGCCAUUUUCAACCUCUACAAGGUUGAGCCGAAACUGUACACCGUCAUCUUCGGCGAAUCCAUCCUAAACGAUGCCAUUGCCAUUGUGCUGUUCGAGACUGCUCAAAGGUACCGAGAGGGAGGAGCGUCGGGCAAUCUGAGCAUCAUCAGUCUCUUUGAAGCCAUCGGCAUCUUCCUGCUGGUCUUCUUCACCAGUUUGAUGAUCGGCGUGGUGGUGGGAGUGGGCACCGCGCUUGCUCUGAAGUACACACUUGUGCGAAGGUUUCCCAAGAUCGAGAGCUGCCUGGUCUUUUUGAUCGCGUAUGCAACCUAUUUCUUUUCCAAUGGCGUGCACAUGUCAGGCAUCGUGUCGCUUUUGUUCUGCGGAAUCACCCUCAAGCACUAUGCAUACUACAACAUGUCCAGACGGACCCAGCUGACCACAAAGUUCGUCUUUCAAAUUCUGGCCCAACUUUCCGAAAAUUUCAUCUUCAUCUAUCUGGGCCUCACCUUAUUCACCGAGACCGAUUUGGUCUUCAAGCCACUGUUUAUUCUGGUCACAGUGGUUGGAAUCUGCGCCGCGCGAUGGUUGGCGGUCUUCCCGCUCUCCAAGGCCAUCAACUACAUCAUCCGGCUCCGAGCCAAACGCAGGGGCCGUGAAGUCGCCGAGGAACUUCCCUGGCAUUAUCAAGCCAUGUUAUUUUGGGCAGGUUUACGAGGUGCCGUCGGUGUCGCACUGGCUGCCGGCCUCCAAGGCAAUGAAGGGCCGGCACUGCGUGCAACUGUGCUCGUCGUUGUGGUGCUGACCGUCAUCAUCUUUGGCGGCACCACCGCACGUAUGCUGGAGAUUCUUGGCAUCCGUACGGGAGUGGUUGAAGAAAUCGACUCAGACGACGAGUUUGACAUCGAAACAACCAACGGCGGCACAUAUUAUAAGCGCUUAGGAACCGGCUUCGGUCACAAUCCCCUGCCCUCCAUCGGCCUAGACUACGUCGGCAACAGCCGCCCUGGUGGCGUGAACGGCUCCGCCUCCCGCCCGCGCAACGACCGGGGCUACAGCAGCAGCAACGGCCGCUCGCCGCCGUUGGGUCGCACAAGGGCCGCAAACCAUCGCAGACACUCGACCCUCAGCCAGCGCGAGCGCGAGGCCGCCGCGCAACAGGGCACUCUACUGUCCGCCAGCGGUUCAACCAGCGACGACGAAGACGCAGCCGACCUCGACCUCCCUCCUGCCGCUCCGCGCCGAAAACCCUCGCCGUUGGCGAUGCCGCCGGGCAACGAGAAUGCCGAUACAUACGACCCACGAGUGCGAUCGGCGCCGGAUAUCAUCUUCGGCACCGACACCCCCGACGGGGGCGAUAUGGGCAUCGUGGGAGCGGGAGCGGGAGCUGGCGUAGGAGCUCCUGUAGGAGCAGGCGCAAGCUCAGCCACCGGCCCCAGCAACAGUAUCAGGAACCUACUCCGUGGCGCUGCGGCAGAUCACACUGCAUGGUUCCGUCAAUUGGACGAGGACUACAUCAAACCACAUCUGCUGCUCGACCAACAUCAGGGCCAGGGGAAGGGCCCACCCCCUGUCUAG